AUGACGACGAGGAAAAGAAAACCGAACGACCCAUCUCCUCUCCUCGAGGCACUGCUCACCUCUUUAUCUCUGGCGAAGAAACGCUUACCGGCGUCUUCGUCGACGUCUGAUGCUUUACGCGCGCUCUUGUCAAACGACGAGGAUACGAGUACGAACAGAAAAAGUGUAUCGGAGCAAAAUGCGCUCUCUGCCGCCGCCGAGAUGCUGCUCAGCUCUGACGCGAAAGAGAGCAUCGUCUUGGCCUCGUGUUUGCGCGGAGUGAUUUUGCACGUGCUUGCGAGAGCCGUGGAAGUUAUGAAUGAUGCAAACGACGCGCGAUUUACGAGCGACGUGGAGAAGAGAGAGCGAGGGAUGUGCGCGUUGAUAUCGGUGGCGAAAUUGCUGCCGCACUGCCGGCAGUUGAUAUCGGAGAGAGUUUUAGCGAGGGAGAAGCAUCCGGUGUUUUCGAGAGUAGCUGCAGAAGCCGCGAGGACGACGACGAAGAAGACGACGAGUAACACGAAGAAAAAGAAUAGCAAAAGCAAGGAGGAUUUAUUCGCGCAUCUCCGGAUGGUUUUGAGGAGUUCAAUGGAUAUCGCCGAGUGCUUUGGGUGUAAGAAAGGAGCGAUUUCUGGCGCCUCCUGGGAUUGGAGCCAAUGUGGGAUAUUUUUGACGCACGAAGACGCUCAUGUUCGAUGGAUUGCGUGUGGAAUAGUUUGCGAAGCUUUAUGUUUGAGCGACGAUGCGGUGCACACGGCAAGAAAGAAGACUUUAAUUGACGAAGACGAAGUGACACUGGCACAGUUCCAACGAGAGUGGGAGGAACGCCAAACGGCGUUUCGGAUUGAACGCGCGUCGUUUUUGCUACCCAGAGUUUGCGAAAAAGAACAGAAUGAACAUGAUAGUAGUUUCAAAGUAGAAGGAAGCCAUACUCUGGAGUGCACAGAGCUAGAAGACGAGAGUGAAAGAGUACGAGAAGAGGGCAUACCUGCGGCGCCCGGAUACGAACGCUUAGGCGCCAUCGAAGUACGCACACAACGUGAUGAUGAUGAUGAUGGAGGAAAUGACAACAGGGCUUCCACAAGUGGUAAGAUGAACAAUAACAAGAAGAAGGUUAGCAGAAUCGCGACGGAUUUUGUUUUAGUACCGUCCGCAGAACGUAACUUGGUUGCCGUCGCGUACGCCUUGUGUCAAAAUAGGCCCGUUUUACUCGAAGGACCGGCUGGGUGUGGCAAAUCAGCGACGCUUCGUGAAGCUGCCCGAAGAUUCGGACGAUCUUACGAAGAUAACGACGUCGUUGUCUUACACUUUGAUGCUCAUACAGAUUCAAAAUCUCUCCUUGGAGCGUACGUGUGCGGAGCAAGUCCGGGAGAAUUCGAAUGGCAACCCGGGUCGCUCACGAGAGCUGUAAGAUCUGGGAAAUGGGUUUUGAUUGAAGACGUGGACGUCGCUCCAUUCGAAGUUCUCUCGGCUUUAAUUCCUCUGUUGGAAGAACGUAAGCUAUACAUUGCCGGUAGAGGUGAAACUGUUGUAGCACAUCCCCAAUUUCAGCUGUUUGGAUCUGCCACGGUGGGCGGGUCCAAAGUUUCCAAUCGCGAGAAUGAUCCGUUGAGCGGUUUAUGGACUCGUGUUAGCGUAGAACAACCAAGCGGCGAGGAGCCUGGCAGAAUACUCGCGGAAAUAUAUCCGCAAUUCGGCGAUGUCGACGUAAAGAGACGCAUGCUUAAGACGAUGAGAGUCGCGCAGACUCUGGUGGGCCAAGGCGGAGGCCAUGUGACGCGGUUAGCCGGUUUAGGCGACGAACGAUUUGAUAACAACAACGCGAACGCCGACGAUGACAAAUACGUGAUGAUGAUGGAUGUCGAGAACGUUCACACGGACGAUACGAACGAAUUAGACGUAGCAGCGGAGGAUGCGGAAAAGAUGACAUCUCUGGAAGAUUUAGCGUCCAGCGAAGCCGCGUCGUCGUCUCGAGCCUCUGUGGGUAGGACAUUCACUCUUCGAGAUUUACUCCGUUGGGCAAAAAGAGCUGCCGCUUUGCGUAAAGCGGAACUAAAGCUCAUGAAGAAAGGUAAAGCGCCUCCUCCACAAACUCGCCAGGCGAUGUAUGACGAAGCGGCUGAUGUUUUAUUAGGCGCUUUGCCUCCCGGUAUCGGACGAAGAAAAGCUUUACAAGCGGUUGCUGAAAUUUGGGGAUUAAAUCCUGAAGAGACUGCGAAUACGACAGAUUUACUUCGUAAACCGGAUGUUUUGUCGUCAGAAGAUAGCGUGCGCGUUGGACGCACCAUGUUACCUUGCGAAGAAAACGAGGAUACGGUGGGCAGUUUUCGGAAUUUUGCAAAAACGGGCCACGCGCUGAGAAUGCUCGAGAGAGUUUCGUGCGCGGUUUCAGUGAACGAACCCGCUCUUCUCGUAGGGGAAACUGGUACCGGUAAAACUGCUCUGGUUCAAGAGCUUGCGCGUUUAACUGGUGCGCCACUGACGGUUGUGAAUCUUUCCAAUCAAUCAGAGUCAAGUGAUUUUCUUGGAGGAUUCCGACCAGCCGGUGCGCGACAUUUGUGUUUGCCGUUACUGAAACGGUUCCUUGAGUUGUUUGGAGAAACUUUCCCGAGUCGAUCUAACGCUGAAUUUCUAGGAAGAGUGUCUAAAUUUGCAGAAAAAAGAAAAUGGAUACACUUGUUGAAGGCGUUCCGUGCCGGCGUGGAUCGCGUGGCGUCCGUCGUCGAUAAAGAUGACGAAGAUAAGAUGCUUGAUUCUACUGAAGACGGAGAAGAACUCCCCACCAAUGACGAUGUCAUGGAGGAAGCGACACCUGCAGUUGCCGCGCCUACAACACGGGCAACGCGUUCACAAACUACUGGUAAGAAGGGUAAAAAUGAAAAAGUAUGUACCUCGUCAGUUGCCGAUACCAGUAACAAGCGUCAAAAAACAAGCGCUGCUAUGAAGAAGAAAGCGGGAAGCACAAAUAAAAAAGAAGCUUCAAAAAAGCCUGCAUUCACGAUUUCAGACGAUCUCGUCGAAUCUUGGCAAUCGUUUGAUCGGGAUUUAGUCGUAGCCGAACGAGCGAUUGGGGACGUGGCCUCGUCCUCUGGGGGUGGACCUAUUUUUGCCUUUGUAGAAGGUGCUUUAGUCACAGCACUACGCGAAGGUCACUGGAUUCUUCUCGAUGAAAUCAAUUUAGCACCUGCAGAAACACUCGAAAGACUGAAUGGCGUGUUAGAGUCGCGUAAAGGCUCCGUUGUUCUUUCCGAGCGCGGGGAUGCGACUCCAGUGUAUCGUCACCCACGGUUUCGUCUGUUCGCGGCUAUGAAUCCGGCGACUGAUGUUGGUAAACGCGACUUACCCCCCGCUUUGAAACACCGCUUUGCGGAGGUGUAUUGCGGAGAAACGGAAUCCAGAGAAGAUUUGCAGCUCUUGGUUCGUGGAUAUCUAAGAGAUGUUCCGAGUGGGGUAAUAGCCCCAAUCGUCGACUUCUACGUUGAAGCGAAACGAGCGGCGCACACGGUUCUCUUAGACUCGGCGGAUCAAAAGCCUCGAUAUUCACUUAGAACCCUGGCGCGUGCUUUAGAGUACGUUUCUGCGGCGAGUCCGUUAUAUGGCGUCCAAAGAGCGAUGAUGGAUGGUUUCUCGAUGUCAUUCCUGACGCUUUUAAAAAAGGAAGGUCAAGAGAUUUUAGAAAAAUUGAUGCAUAAGCAUCUGUUGGGUGGCAAGGCGAUCAAGGGAAUCAUGAAACCACCGCCGGCACCGGAAGACGAUACACACGUUCUCAUCGAGCACUUUUGGGUAGAAGCCGGAGAAUUAGAACGCGUCGAUCCCGAAGGUAAGCAUAUUCUCUUUGCGCGCAUUUUUUUUCUUUGA